CUUUCAAAGAUUGGAUUCACACUCCCGCUUGUUCUUGAAUCCAAUAAACAAUAAUAAUACCGAAUGAGUAUUUGAGAAGGAAGUUAUAUAGAAAUCAAACAUGACUGCAUUACCAGUAGGAAGGAUACGAAUGAUAAUGAAAAGUUCUCCAGAAGUUACUUCCGUCAGUCAAGAUUCUCUUUUUCUUAUAACCAAAGCAACAGAACUUUUUGUGGAAAAUAUUGCCAAAGAAUCAUAUGCAAGAAGAAAAGUUGACGGUUUUGUUAAUUACAAUGACCUUGCUGAAGCAGUAGCUGAGGAAGAGAACUUUCAAUUUCUAGAAGAUGUUUUACCUAAGAAGAUACUUGCCAGAGACUUCUUGAAAGCUAACAGUAAAGCUGAGAAAGAAGAAGACAGUUAGCACAUGCUAGAGGGCAGCACAACAUGGACAACAAACUAGACAAGAAAUCAUAAUUCUCACGCCACUGAUAUGCAUCAUGAUAACUGACUAAACAGCUGCAAUAAAUAGUAAUAAUAAUGGUACCUGUGGUCAUCAGGUGGAAAAAGUGAGGAUGUCUAAACUGUAAAUUUAAUGAUGCCAGUAUAGAGGGCCCAUAGUUCUAAAAUAUAUUUCAGAAAAGAAUUUUUGAAAGUCAAAACUUGGGAAAAUUUACCCAUCAUUUGUUUAUCAUCUACCAAAUGUAUGGGGUGGCAUAUGUAUGAUGGAUUGCGUAAAUAAUAGCACUUUUACACUAUCAAGCCAAAAUAAACGCUGGUGUGACACCGGAGGCAAAAUCCAUUUACACUUAACGACUUAUGGUUGAUCUAUAACCUCUUCAUGUUAAUUGUCGAGUGUUACGGUCUUCGCAUGUUUUUUGGUGUUCCUUUCAGUCGUGUUUGUGUUUUUAAACGGAGAUUUAUUUCUGAGUUACCUUCUUCUUACAACCGUAUUGUUUCUGAAAAUAGUAAUAUAUCUUUUUUAACAGUUUUAAACAUUUCCGAUCUCUCAUGUUAAAAAGUAUCUAUCUCUAAGCAUAGAGAAAAUGGUUUAAGCUGCCCUUAUAACUGUGUUUUGUUUCUUGAUUCUUUGUGCUUGGUGGGGUUGCUGUUAGUUAAGAAUGUACUUUUGAUUGUCCUGACUGUUUUUCCGUAUUUUUAGAGUUUAUACUAUAUUUUUUAUGUCCAUCCUGUAAGUGGCGAUUUUUCACUUUUGGUUUGGAAAUAAAUAAAAUAAAAUAAAUUAAAUUAAAUUUUGGUUAAACUAGAUUACAAAAA